AUGCGUGGCGCGGCGUCUCAGGCGGCAGCGAGUGGCACGCGUGGCGCGCGGCCGUGCGCGCACGUGCCCCGCCGGCACACGCGGUGGCGGCGCUCGGGGCGCGCUCGUCGCGCGGCCACACUCGCCAGUGCACGCAGUUCCGUGGCGGCGGGCGACCAGCGUAGAACGCCGCACGCGCCGGCAUGCGACGCUAGCUCGAGCAUGCGGCUGCCCUUGCUGCCGCUGCUCGUGCUGCCGCUCGUGCUCGUGCGCCCGGCAGCAGCCGGGAUCUGCUGGUCGGGGAUGGAGCGCGGCGGGCGGUGCAGCUCGGUAGCAGCAUUGCGCGUUGGGCGCGCAGAAUGCUGUGCGGGUGGUGCACGCGCCCCAGCCGCUUGGAGCCCACGCGACCUCGACAGCGGCGAGAUAUUCUUCUACAAGGCGCUCUCUGGUGGCGUGCCUUGUACUGCCUGCGCUGAAUCGUGCGCAGGCGUAUCAUGUGGAGCGGGGCGGCGGUGCGUGGUGAGGGGCGGUCGAGCAAGGUGCGUCUGCGCAGCCACGUGCCGCAGAGCGGGGCCCGUGUGCGGCAGCGACGGCAAGACCUACCGCUCUUUGUGCCGCCUGCGGCGCCGGGCCUGCCGUCGCCCCGCAAAGCACCUCUCUCUGGAUUACCCUGGACCUUGCAGGGUUGGAAGUUGUGAAGGAGUGCGUUGUGGGGGCGAGAAGCGUUGCGUCCUGGACGCGGAGCUUGGCGCCCACUGCGUGCGUUGCGGCGCCUGCAGCGUGGCAGGCGCGCCUGUGUGUGCGGUAGACGGACGCACUUACGCGGGCGCAUGUGCGUUGAGGAAGGCGGCUUGCGAGCGUGGGAAGGCGCUGCCUCUUGCUUACAAAGGAUCUUGUAUAGCAAACGCAACAUGUGCCCGGGUGCGUUGCGGUGCGGGCCAACGCUGCGUGUCGGGCGGUGCAAGCGGCGUGCGGUGCGUUUCGUGCGGUGCGUGCGGCGGCGGUGCGCGACGCACUAUCUGCGGGUCGGACGCGCGCACGUACGCGUCCUGGUGCCGGUUGCAGCGUGCUACUUGCCAUGCGGGCAAAGUCGUUGACCUGCUGCACCCUGGACCAUGCAAAGAAUAUAAAAAUAUUACGGACAAUAGUGUGAAUGGCGAGAAAAACCGGAAGGAUGUGGACACAACGCGAGUCCUAUAGUCAUAGACACUAGAAUUAACACUGAAGUGUUUAAAUAGCUUCGUAGGUGGUAAACGUUCAUGCGACGAUUUGUGAACCAUAUUGUGCAGUUUCCGAACAUGCUGCGCUGAAAUCGAAAACAAGGAGACAGUGGAAGGAAUCAGAGUCUGUUAGUAUUAGGAAAAGCGACCAUAAAUAAUAUUUUAGAGAAAAAAAAGAACGAAAAAUUUAAACUGUUAUCUAAGACUUAUCACGAUACUAUCAAGUUUUAUGGAACAUUUGUAUUAUUUAUUGUCAAAGACAGAACGCAGGAGUUAUGCCAGUUUCAGAGCAAAUUGUUCGUUGUGACUUGUUGUAGAUUUAGGAGAAUUCUCGAAUCUGUUGCACAUUUUUCGACUAUAGUAGAUAAAUAAUGUCUUAUAUGUAGUUAUAAAUGAAUAACACUUUACAUUAUUAAAAUUGAGCACCAAAUUGUACUUAAUAUUUAGUCAAAAUGUUAAAGAUAGAACUGUAGUUAGCACAAUAUUCGGUACUUGUACGAUGUAAGCGUGUAUUUCUUAAUUAGAAAAUCCUAAUUUCCGUCUUGUUGGCGUUCGCUAAUAGUGAGAUGUUAUUCACUCUGGAGGAUAUUUUUUGAAGUCACAAGAGUUACAAGAAAAUUACCAAUAACUAUUUAUUACGUUUAAUAUUAUAAAGUUUUAUCUAAAGGGAUGUUAACAAGAGCAUCAUCCGGACUCAGUGGUACUUUUCGUGCCAUUGGUGGAACAAGGUGGUAGCAUUACGAGAAGUAAGCGGUGUAGGCUACACUAUUAACGUAGAUUCCAAAAAUCAGCCUAAUGAUUUCACAGAAACACCUUAGAACUUCAUCUUCCGAGUUCCAUUCUUCUUUAGGUAAAUAUACGGUAAUUUUUAGGGUUUACGGUACCACCUAUUAUCUAAAAGUAUCUAUAUUAGUAAAUUAUAGUUUUGGGAAAAUCAUUACAAUUUCAAGUAACAUAUAUUUCAGUUUUCAUCUAUAAUUAAAAUAAAGGAACCUAAAAAUAACAAACCCAUUCGAAUUAAGAUACCUUUGAAUAUAACAACUAAAAUAACUUAGCUAUCUAAUCGUAGUGAUUUAA